AUGGGCUUUGGCGGUAUGCUGGACGACAGCACCUUUUUGCAAUGUAUGGGAAUCUUUCGCCAUACAACAGUGCAGACUCUCGAUGGAAUUGACGUCUGCUUCCGCAGUGCUUUUCAUCUGACACCACCAAUUAACUGCUACAUGGCCAUCUUUUUCGUAAUCGUUUCAUUCUUCACGCUUGUUCCCUUCACAUUUAAAGUUGUGGAGUUCAUCUAUACAGAUCAGAAACUGGGUUCUAGUGUGAUCCAAGAUACAGCGUUUAUCAUCGUCCCUACGUUGACGCUAUGGAAUUUAAUCCCACUGCUGUAUUAUGAUCUCUAUAACCGUAUCGUACGCUUCUAUUGCAGAACUUUAAUCAAGUCUCUAAACUUGGAACAUCGCAAACGACGUUUUGGUCUUAAGUUCUAUUAUGAACAAUUUCUCAGGAUCACAAAUGUUCAGGAAGCCGUAGGUAGCCUUUUCAAUCCGUUCGUGUUGUUCUCGUUAGCGUGGUCAAUGUUAGUGCUGUGCCUGACCAUAUAUUUUAUCACACAGCCACAUUCGAGUCUCCUCGAGCCCAUAACACCCGAACAGAUUACGGUGCCGGAUAUAAGGCGACGACUAACACGAAGCGUACAUUUCACGAUAUGCUGGGCUGCACUACAAGUGAUUGUUGCGUUAAUGAACAUUUGCUUAAUAUGUCAUACAGGAAUGAACACAAACGAAACGACUCGAGGUAUCGUCAACGCUGUGCUACGGAUUGUGCCGGAUGCGAAUGCAGAUCUCGAUCGUUUCCAGAUCUCCUGCUUCGUACAUAAAAUGUCCACGCAGUUCAUGUGGGGAAUGACUGUUUGGCGAGCUUUCCCUCUAGAAAGAACCACAUUCUUCACACUCGUGUCUGUGAUCGUCACCUAUGCCUUCCUACUGCUAAAACUAAAAGAAAAUCCAGCUAUGACUCCGAUUAUUCGUUCUUUUGUAAUCCACAAUGGGACUGCGUUCACCACAGCGUCACCUUAG